AUGGCAUCAAGCCGUGAUGGCAGGAGUAGUUCUGCUUCCUCCCACAGUGGUUCCAACAUCCCCCCUAACCGUUCAUCAAUUCGUACCCCUAAACGACCACGCCCCACUUCAAGUGGAACCUUCGACGAGAAAAACUCAGAUUUCCUAUGUCCAGUUUGCUUCAACGUAAUUGAAGAAGCGCACAUAACUAAAUGCGGUCACACUUACUGUUAUAACUGCAUCAUUAAGUCAAUAGAAGUGCAAAAAAGAUGUCCCAAAUGCAAUUCGGCUCUUACCGUAGACGAAAUUUUUCCCAAUUUUCUACUAAACGACCUCAUUAAGAAACAUAAGUUACGCAUGAACGGUUACGAAGCCCUUGGUUUGCCUAGAGACAGUUCCGGCGAAUUCAGUACUUCUGUCGAUGGUUUACGCGAUUUUGUAGCCUCAGAAUCGCAAAACCUCACUCUGCCUGACGUAAACGUUAUGCUAGAGGUUCUCAUGCAACGUAAGCAGCUGUUGGAAGCGGAAUCUUGUGCUGCGCAAAACAAACUGCUUUUAGAGUUUCUCAAACAUUUACUCAUUCAAAAACGCGAACGUCAAACGCAAAUCGCUAAAGAGAUAUCCAUCAUCGAAAAGGAUAUAGAAGAAGUUGGUAAUAAAUUGAAAGAAGUGCACAGUAAAUGUCCGACUUUGGAAGACGUUGAACGUACGGCUGCCGGAGCUUCAGAGACCGACGCUUCCACUGUAAACGCGAUGAAGAAAGAGAUGAUCGAGAUCAUCGAUAAUAUUGGUCGAAAAGAGGAAGAUACACCGUCUCGUACAAACGCCUCAUUAGCGAUGCGCCGUAGACGCAUGCACGCAUAUUUCGAUGAUUUCGUCGACUGUUAUUUCUCCCAUCGGUCCAAAGAAGUGUUCUUUGGUAAAGAUGCGACUGAUAAAACUGCCAAACCCGCUACAGAAAUAAACGUUGGAUUGGACCAAUUCCGAGAAAGCCUAAUAAAAUUCUCUACUUAUAACUCGUUGCGUGUUCUAGCGACACUCAAUUACUCCAGUGAUCUGUUUAAUAAUUCUACAAUAGUGUCCAGCAUAGAGUUUGACAAAGACAAUGAGUUUUUUGCCAUUGCUGGUGUUACGAAGCGAAUUAAGGUGUUUGAUUAUGGAGCCGUCAUCAAAGAUGUAGUAAGCGUUCACUAUCCGUGUAUCGAAAUGGUAUCCAGAUCGAAAAUAUCUUGCGUCAGUUGGCAUACUUACCACAAAAGUACACUGGCGUCGAGCGACUACGAAGGCACGGUUACCAUUUGGGACGCUUCUACUGGCCAAAGGACGAAAACUUAUCAAGAACACGAAAAACGCUGUUGGAGCGUAGAUUUCAAUGGCGUUGAUACCCGUUUGAUAGCGUCCGGUUCCGACGAUGCCAGAGUCAAGUUGUAUUCCUUAAACGAAGAACACUCCGUGGCGACUCUAGAGGCUAAGGCGAACGUGUGUUGCGUCAAAUUCAAUCCCAAGAGUUCCUCGCACUUGGCGUUCGGUAGCGCCGAUCAUUGUGUUCAUUACUACGACUUAAGAAACAUGAAGGAAGCCGUCAGCGUGUUCAAAGGACACAAAAAGGCAGUGAGCUACGUUAAGUUCUUAAAUAACGAAGAGAUAGUUAGUGCUUCUACGGAUUCUCAAUUGAAAAUGUGGAGUAUUAACAGUCCUUAUUGUUUAAGAUCGUUCGUGGGUCACGUGAACGAGAAAAAUUUCGUUGGUUUAGCCACUGACGGCGAUUACGUAGCUUGCGGUUCCGAGAAUAACGCUCUGUACGUAUAUUACAAAGGUUUAAGUAAAAAGUUGUUCAGCUACAAAUUCGAGGCCAUCGAGGGCGUGUUGGAACAAGAGAGGAGGGAGGAUGAUAUGAAUGAAUUUGUGUCCGCGGUAUGUUGGAGACAGACGUCAAACGUUGUCGUGGCAGCUAAUAGUAAAGGGAUUAUUAAUAUUCUUGAACUGGUUUAG